CCAUCUUUCAGACUGAAACAACAGUUUUAAUUUUUCUUCCAGUGUCUCCAUCUCCACCAGGUGCUGAUCCAACAAAGGAUGGAGAUUUCACAUUACAGUGUUCUAUGGAGAGAUACAGUUGGUUUGGUCCUUGUCCAGAGAAGAGCCUCCUCUGGGUGGAUGAGACAGGAAGUGAGCUGCUUGGUGAAGGUGUUGGGUUCAUGUCUGGAGGACAGACUGGCUGUUAUUCUUAUCUCACUGUGAAGCUUCAGAGCAGCAGCAACAGAAGAUACACCUGCCAGUUUGUUGAGGGAGACACAGUGAAGGUAGAAGCUCACUAUGAGAUUAAAGUUAUCUACCACAGAGCUGGAGAUGAUGCUGUUCUGUCCUGUAAAAGACCUUCAUCAUCUCUCUCAUGCUCCACUGUUGACUGGUUUUAUACGAGAGCUGAAAACAUGGAGCGUCAACAUGAAGUUCAUGGAGGAAAAGUUCAGAGUUCAGCUCGAGCUGCCAGGCUGAGGUUGGACAAUAAAUGCUCUCUGAUCAUCAACAACAUCACUGCUGAGGAUGCUGGACGUUACACCUGUCAGCUUUGGGAUGGAGGACGCUUUGACACAGAUGUGUAUUUAAACAUGAUGAGCAUCUCUCCAUCUCCACCAGGUGCUGAUCCAACAAAGGAUGGAGAUUUCACAUUACAGUGUUCUCUGGUCAGAUCCAGAGGGUUGGGUCCUUGUCCAGAGAAGAGCCUCCUCUGGGUGGAUGAGACAGGAAGUGAGCUGCUUGGUGAAGGUGUUGGGUUCAAGUCUGGAGGACAGACUGGCUGUGAUUCUUAUCUCACUGUGAAGCUUCAGAGCAGCAGCAACAGAAGAUACACCUGCCAGUUUGUUGAGGAAGACACAGUGAAGGUAGAAGCUCACUAUGAGAUUGAAGGUUCCACUGACUGGUCUCCUCUGAGCUUCAUCAUGAUGACUCUGAGGAUCACAGCACUGAUCCUGAUGGUUGGAAUCACUGUUGGUAUCAUCAGAACCAGAGGAAGCAAAAAGCAACAGAAAGACAUUAAUGUAAGUGAAACAAUCCAGCAUGAAAAAUACCUUCAUAGAGCUUUUACACAUAGAUUCUAA